AUGUCUGCCCACGACCACCAAGUCGCAGGCCCCGCCGGCGCCGCCCUCGCAAGCCUCACCCACGCCCAACUCACCUUCCUCCAGCACCUCCCCAAGGCCGAGCUCCACGCGCACCUCAACGGCUCCAUCCCCCUCCCCGUCCUCCAAUCCCUCGCCGCCUCCUACGCCCCACCCACCACCACCUCCACCACCACGUCCUCCUCCUCCUCCUCCUCCUCCUCCUCCUCCAUCACCCCCGAAGCCGUCCACGCCGGCAUCGCCGCCCUCCAAGCCGGCGUCGUCCUCGCCGAGAUCGACGACUUCUUCGGCCUCUUCCCCGCCAUCUACGCGCUCACCGCCACGCCCGCCGCCCUCGCCCGCGCCGCCGCCGCCGUCCUCGCGCACUUCCUCGAGCCCGCCCCCGGCCCCACCCCCGACGGCGCCCCGCUCCCCCCGCAGGCGGCCUACCUCGAGCUCCGGAGCACGCCCCGCGCCACCCCGACGCGCGCCGCGUACCUCGACGCGGUCCUCGCCGAGGUCGAGCGGUACCCGCCCGAGCGCGCCGCGCUCGUCGUCAGCCUCGACCGCCGCAUGGCCCCCGCGGACGCGGCCGAGUGCGUCGCGCUCGCCGUCGCGCUCCGCCGCGCGGGCCGCCGCGUCGUCGGCGUCGACCUGUGCGGCACGCCGACGGCUGGGACCGCCGCCGCGUUCAAAGAGCACUUCGCGGCCGCCAAGGCGGCCGGGCUCGGCGUCACGCUGCACAUCGCAGAGAUCCCCGACAGCCCCGCGGAGGAGACCCUGGAGCUGCUCUCGUUCAAGCCUGACCGGCUCGGGCACGCGACGUUCCUCGACGCCGCCGCGAAGCGCGUCGUGCGCGCCGAGGCGACGUGCGUCGAGAUCUGCCUGAGCUCGAACCUGGUCUGCAAGACCGUGCCGACGCUGGACGCGCACCACCUCAACUACUACCUCGAGCACAACCACCCGGUCGCGAUAUGCACGGACGACAUCCUGCCGUUCCGGAACUCGCUCAUGGGAGAGUACGCUCUCCUGCUCGCGGAACGCCCGCUCGGGCUCGGGCUUUCUGAGGCAGACGUCGAGAAGAUCGCGAAGAUGGGGAUGGAUUCCAGGUUCCAGGUUCCAUCACACGACGCAGCUGAAGUAGAUUCGUAG